CAUGACUUCGCAACAAACACUGUCGCUAUGGGCGGAUAUGGCUGUGGUGGUGGUGGUGGUGAUGAUGGGCUGCAACUGCACAGCACCAAGAUCGCCUUGGAAACACCCGUGCACGUUGUCGCCGCGAGGGACCGGGCGAUGGAGAUCCAAGAGGCGUUUACCUUUCACAUGUCGCCUCAGCACGGCUCUGCGAGGGGAUGCGUCGCUUAUGCCAGCCGCGCAUCAGUGUCAACAUCCGCAGCAGCGGCGGCAUCCUCCAUCCCGUCUUUGCCUUCCAUUGCUCCGCGAAUAAGGGGUCUCAGCUCUUCCACUGCAGCCACCACUCGCUGGAGACCCACACCGGCCACAACAACAGCAGUAGCAAUGACGUCGUCCACGGCUGCCAUGGCAUUUACAUCCAAGUCGUUGCUCACAUCACGGUCAGCCGCCGUGCCGGCGAGACCGCAGCGCCAACACCCUCGGCCCCUGGCCUCUGCACUGCACUUGACGUCAAGGCGCCUUGAGACGACGGCAGAGGAUGAUGACAUCGAGGAGGUGAUGCGGCAGCAACAGCUACAGCAACAGCAGCAGCAACAGCAACAGCUACAGCAAUAUCAGCGCUCGGUGUUGUCGAAGUGCCGGAUGCAUCGAAGUGCAACCUAUCCCGUCAGUGGCCAGCCGAAAUCAGCCAGAAGGGAGCUCGCAUCAGCCACAACUCACACCAGAGAGCAAAAUGAACACGACGAAGCUCGCCGCCACCACCACCAUCACCAUCACCACCAUCACCGUCACCACCGUCGGCGGUAUCAGCAAAGUCGCAAGAAGCACCAGGAACGAGAAGGUGCACACAGCGCACCAUCAGCUGCGCAGCGGAACCCGCUCACCAACAACAAUGUUGAUGAUGUUGAUGACGAGGAUGAUGAGGGGGACGAGAGUGCAGCAGACGCAGACAGCAGCACGCGCGCGCGUGCGGGCAGUGGAAUGCGGGUGCGGAGCGCGAGAGCCAGGAGCAGCAUCACUCAUGCCAACACUGUCUCUGCACCUGCCGUGGACGUAUUCGAGGAUGCGGGGUGUGCAGGGAGUGUGCAUGCCACCACGUCCCUGCUACAGCCGCGGCCGCCAGCCACAAAGCGCCCGAAACGCCUCAGCCAGCGCCAGGCGAGCGGACCCACGCGCGGUGACAUCUCUCCACUCAAGCGAGCGUUUCGCGCGAGAUCUAUUCGUCACACUUCAACCGCAGAGACGGUGAAACCGGCGCGAAAGCGGUACUUGAUAUUGGGCCACAAGGAUGCAAUCACAGUCGACCCCGACAAGUCAAUCACAAACCCGCCAGGCACGCCUGUUGAGGGUACAUACGACGUGCUCAUGUAUCCCUCCAUGCGCAACGUGCAGAGCCAGGUCUAUGUCACGCGCAAACUGAAGCAGAUAGCACAGCAGCGGCAGCGCGAGGCAAAGCGGACGCAGCAGCAGGCAGAACGCACCGCCCGCGAAUACCAGAUGCAUCAAGAUGAGGCUGAGCGGGAACGACUGCUGGUUGAGCAGCGGGCGCGGAUCUACGCCUUCAACGCCGUCAUGUCUGCCCUGGAGCAGCGCAACUUUCAAGAGUACUGCCGACAGCGGGCGGCGAGCGGAGACAAGGCGCCCAGGUCAUGGCGGGACGUGGAGAUGGAAGAUGGCGAAGGUGAAGGUGAGCGUGACACUGGAAGAGGAGCCGCUGACGGUGUCGGUGUCGGUGCCAACAACGACGGCGACGACGAUGACGAUGACGAUGACGAAGAUGAGGAGGAGGAGAAGGAGGAUAAUGAGGGGGAGGAUGAGGAGGAGGUGGAAGGUGGAAGGUGACGGAGGGAAACACGCAGACGCACAGCAUGCAUGAGUGCAUGAUGGCGGA